ACGGAAAAUUUGGAUGAAGAAAAGCCGGAUUUGUUCUUUUCAGUGAAAAUUGAAAAACUUCCGGAAAAUUUCCCUUUCUGUCGCCUUAUCCACCCACGGGGACCUUGUACUCGCGUUUGUGUGUAAAAUCGUUGUGUGAGAAAAGGUUGCUGCCGUCGUAUCGUGUGAACCAGAGGAAUCGCAAGUGCUAAGGGAAGAAGAGUGACUUUCAACCGAAACGUGCAACACCAUUCGAUCCAGCAAGGAGCUGUGGUGAGACAUGGCCCUGGAAACGGAAAGUGUACAAUCGCCGGAAGCUGCUACCGAGCCGGUGUCCACGCCCGGAUCGGACGGGAUUGUUGGUGGUGGCGAUGCUGGUGGAAAAAAGAAAGGUGUUGCUAAAAACAAAAAACAGAAUGGCAAAUCGAAUUCACCUCCAGCUGGUGGAAACGAUAAGGAAACGAUCGGUAACGGUCACGCGGUACAGAACGGGCUGAACGGACACCUGAGUGCGGAAGAGUCGGAUGCUGUGACCGUAAACGAUGGUGGUGCGGAUGACAAAAGUGCUGGCGUGGCCGGUGGUGGAGGAACCACGGACCCAUCCACGGCCGGUGACGAUGAUGUGAUGAAGCUAAUGCAGGAGACCGGCUUCACGGUGCAGGUGCUGUCGCCCGGCGUGGAACCACUCUCGAUACAGGUGUCGAGCAUGGAGCUGGUGCAGGAAAUUCAUCAGCUGCUGAUGGACCGGGAGGACACCUGCCAUCGGACGUGCUUUUCGCUGCAGCUCGACGGCCGUACGUUGGAUAACUUUGCCGAGCUUAAAAACAUCGAUGGACUGCAGGAGGGAUCGGUGAUCCGGGUGGUCGAAGAACCGUACACAAUGCGCGAGGCGCGCAUCCAUGUGCGCCACGUGCGCGAUCUACUAAAAUCACUUGACCCGGCCGACGCGUACAACGGGGUGGACUGUAGUUCGCUCACGUUUCUGCACACGAUAACGAUGGGCGAUAUCAUGGAGAAGAAAAAGACACGCCAGGAAAGUGUGGACUGUACGCCGCCCGAUUUCAUCAUGCCCGGUGCGAAGGAACGUCCGCUGCUACCGCUGCAGCCGGGUUCGGGCAAAAAGGGCAAUCCACAGCCGCUGAAGGUGCUGACGACCUCUGCCUGGAAUCCACCGCCCGGUCCGCGCAAACUGCACGGCGAUCUGAUGUACCUGUAUGUGGUGACGAUGGAAGACAAGCGGCUACACAUUUCCGCCUGUUCGCGCGGCUUCUACGUCAACCAGUCGACGGACGAUACGUUCAAUCCACAGCCGGCCAACCCGAGCUACCUCUCACACUCGUUGAUCGAUCUGCUUUCGCAGAUAUCGGCCACCUUCCGGCGAUGUUUCACGCAGAUGCAAAAGAAACGCACCCAACGCCAUCCCUUUGAGCGUGUGGCAACACCGUACCAGGUUUACACGUGGACAGCACCCGCUUUGGAGCACACGAUCGAUGCGAUACGUGCGGAAGAUACGUUCUCGUCGAAGCUGGGCUACGAAGAGCACAUCCCGGGGCAAACGCGCGACUGGAACGAAGAGCUGCAGACGACACGGGAACUGCCGCGAGCAACACUGCCCGAGCGAUUGCUUCGCGAGCGUGCCAUUUUUAAGGUGCACAGUGAUUUCGUUACGGCAGCGACCCGUGGCGCGAUGGCCGUCAUCGACGGUAACGUAAUGCCGAUCAAUCCGGGCGAGGACGCCAAAACGCAGAUGUUCAUUUGGAACAACAUAUUCUUCUCGCUUGGGUUUGAUGUGCGGGACCAUUACAAGGAACUCGGCGGCGAUGCGGCCGCAUUUGUGGCACCGCGCAAUGAUCUGCACGGUGUGCGUGUGUACAGUGCGGUGGACGUGGAAGGGCUCUACACGCUCGGUACGGUAGUGAUCGACUAUCGUGGCUAUCGUGUCACGGCGCAAUCCAUCAUACCGGGCAUACUGGAGCGCGAGCAGGACCAAUCGGUUGUGUAUGGAUCGAUCGAUUUCGGCAAAACGGUGCUUUCGCAUCCGAAGUAUCUCGAGCUGCUGAAUGCGGCCGGCAAACAUCUGAGAAUCCAACCGCACAGUGUGUACAACGACAAGCAGGAAGCGAUCGAGCUGUGCUCGUCGGUAGAGUGCAAAGGUAUUAUCGGUAACGAUGGACGACACUACAUUCUCGACCUGCUCCGUACGUUCCCGCCGGAUGUGAACUUUCUCGUACUGCCGGCCGAGGAGGAAGCGGUCGGGCGGGAUAGCCAAGCGAUGGGUUUCCCGAUCGAACACCGGCACAAGCUUUGCUGUCUCCGCCAGGAACUGCUGGAAGCGUUCGUGGAGAACCGGUAUCUGCUGUUCAUGAAGCAUGCUGCCGUACAGUUGCAGCAGUGCGUGAAAAAGAAGCAGGAACAAAAGGCAACCGUUGCGGCGACGAAGGCUUCGGGCGAUGAAACAAAACCGGCUGCAAUCGAAGAAGGAGCAAUGGCGGAGAGCGACAAGGCGGAUGCAAAGGAUGGCAAGGAUGUGAAGGAGGUGGCGGUAAAGGAUGCGUCGCGUCCGGUGCCGAAAGCGGACAGUGAUGAUGCAAAGAAGCUGGUCGAAUCGCUCAUUUCGAGCGAUCAGAUGAACGAAAGCAAGGAGGUAGUGAAGCGCGUCUGCGAAGCAGUCGGCUCGCUGAAGGAGUACGAGUUCGAUAUCCGUUUCAAUCCGGACGUUUACUCGCCCGGCAUCCGGCACGUUGACGGUGAGCCGAAUGCGGCGAGUUCGUUGCGCCGCCAGAAGCAGCUGGUGAAGGAUGCGGCCGAGUUUUUGGUGAAACACCAGAUACCGAGCUUCGUGCACGAAUGUCUCGACCAUUCGUCGGCCCCGAUGGAUGGCGUUACGCUGACGGAGAUGUUGCACAACCGGGGCAUUAACGUGCGUUACCUCGGCAAGGUGGUGGACCAGCUGGCCAAGAUAAAACAGCUCGAGUACCUGCAUACGAUCGCUGUGUCGGAGCUGAUUGUGCGCGCGGCCAAGCACAUCUUUACCACGUAUCUGCAGCAAACGGAUGUGAUGAGUAUGGCGGCCGCAAUCAGCCACUUCCUGAACUGCUUCCUAACGGUGUCGACCGUCGGUUACCAGCCAGUUGCGAACGGUAACGGUGGCGAUGGUGAUGGACAGUUGGCGGACGAGUUCGGUCCUAAAUCAUCAGCCGGUGGCAAGAAACAAAGCAAACAGAGCAAACGUGGUGGAAAGGGAACUGGCGGUGGUAGUGGUGGUGGUGGUGGUCGGAAAACAACAUUUUCCGUUCCAUCGUCCGAUAACAACGAGUGGCAGUCGCUGACGUCAAAGUCACUGUGGGCACAGAUCCGACAGGAGCUGAAAGCAUACUGGGACUUCGAGCUGACGGUGGAACCUUCGAAGGAAGGUAAAGCGGCCACCGCGGUCGACUCGAUCGAACCGCUCAUUGGUGCGUUCAAGCUGCAGAAGAUAAGUCUGCUGCGUGCGUUCUGUUUGAAGACGGGCGUACAGAUAAUGCUGCAGGAGUACGCGUUCGAGCAGCGCAAUCGGCCGGCCUUCAGCGAUGCGGAUAUAGUGAACGUGUUCCCGGUGGUGAAGCACAUUAAUCCACGCGCCUCGGAUGCGUACAACUUCUACACGACCGGCCAGACGAAGAUCCAGCAGGGUUACCUACAGGACGGGUACGGACUGAUCAGUGAGGCACUGAAUCUGCUGAACAACGUGUACGGCGCUAUGCACCCGGAGAAUGCACAAUGUUUGCGUAUGUUGGCUCGGCUCAGCUACAUCAUGGGUGAUCCACAGGAAGCACUAGCCAUUCAGCAGCGAGCGGUACUGAUGAGUGAGCGAGUGAAUGGUGUCGAUCAUCCGUAUACUAUUUCCGAAUAUGCCCAUCUUGCAUUGUACUGCUUUGCUAACAGUCAAAUCAGCACCGCACUGAAAUUGUUGUAUCGUGCCCGGUAUCUGGCCACCAUCGUGUGUGGUGAAAACCAUCCCGAUAUUGCGCUAAUGGAUAGCAACAUUAGUCUGAUCCUUCACGCGGUCGGUGAAUACGAAUUAUCGUUGCGCUUUUUGGAGCACGCACUGGCACUGAACAUCCGGUACUAUGGUGAAAAGUCACUUAAGGUAGCCGUCAGCUACCAUCUCGUAGCACGAACGCAAAGCUGCAUGGGUGAUUUCCGAUCCGCGCUGGUUAACGAGAAGGAAACGUAUGCCAUUUAUAAGCAGCAGCUUGGCGAAAGCCACGAAAAGACACAAGAAUCGUCCGAAUGCCUACGCCACCUAACGCAGCAAGCGGUUGUGCUGCAGAAGAAGAUGAACUACGCCAACGGCAAGCUGCUCAGUACGGGGCUACCACCGAUUCAUAUUCAGCCACCAUCGAUGGGUUCGGUGCUGGACAUGCUGAACGCAAUCAACGGUAUCAUUUUUGUACAAAUUAGCUCCAAAGAAAUUGCCAACUUCAAGAAUGAAAUUGAAAAGCGCCAGAAGGAAGCGGGCCAAAGUCAACCGCAGCAAACAGCGCCGGUGCAAGCGAAUCAGGAGGAGGUGGAUCGGAUGCUGAUGGAAACAAUGCAAAAAACGGCCGCCGGUAUUCCGUUCGAGGAGCAGGACGGUGAAAGGAAGGAAAGUGCGGUAGCGCAAGAGGAGUCGGCAAAGCCGGUUGAAGUGGCAUCGAGUUGAAGUCGUCCCGAAGCGCUAACGCUUGCUGCGAUUGCAGUAUGCGUUGAAUCCUAAGCGAGAUCGCGUCAGCUUAACCCACGCUCAUGGGUUGAACUCUUUUCUUUUCAAGAAUCCCUGUCGGUUCUGUAGCGCUGUAUGCAGCUGUGGCAUACUGUGGCAUACACUGCUCGUCAGUGCACCACCACCAACGGAGAAGAAUUUGUGGUAGAGUAGAAUCACUUUACGGAAUACGUUUACUAUGUUUUGUUUUGGCCAGGAAACACGCGUUUCAUUGUAUGCGAGUGUGUAUCAGAUACUGUGCCUUUUUUUAAUAGUAAUACCACUACUUCGAAUAGGAAAACCAAGCUCCAAACACCCUCCUCAAUUUCUCCAUUCUCUCAGUCGGGUGUUGCUUGUAGAGGAAUUAAUGGUAGUUUUUGUUUUCUUCUCUAAAUAAUAGUAGAUGAUUCAAAAAUUGAAAACAGUUUACCAUAUAAAACGUGCACCCUCCAAAAGGGUGAAAUUGGAGGGUGGUUUGUUUUGCUCUUUAACGUAGAUGGUAGGUAAUGUGUUGAGUUUCAACAAUCGUUAAAGUUAAGUUCGUUUUUCUUUUCUAUUUCCGCGUAACUGGAAAGGGUACUCACGAAGGCAACAGGCGCGCUAUUAUCGUCUUGCUGAAGAGUGUAUCAAUCCGCAGCCAAGGGAGUAAAAAUGCAAUAACAAUUGCAGCAGUAACGAGAAUGUACUGGGGGUGUGCUUUUGGUCUAUUAAAAACAAACGAGCAGUAGAAAAGGCGCAAAGCUUUAAACUUGCCAUAGAACGAACAACACCAUCAAUAGGCACAUUAUUUCUAUCGUUUUUUAAACCAAACAUUACAAAACCUGAGUUCCUUUAAACACACGCUGCACCAGAGUAGGUGGGAAGUGCAUUAUAGUUAAGCAGUGCAAUAUAAAAGCUUAAUGUGAAUUAAAUUUUGGUGAUCGUAAAACAUGCAUAUGAAAAAAAAACAAGAACCUGCCAUCAGAAAGUAGUUGAUAAGCAAAUCAAAUGCAAUGAAGAAUGUUUUUCAUAUAGCCCAGACCAGCAAAACGAUGUGUUCCGCUCUAGUCCAGCGUCCGUCAUGAGCAAAAAUAAUGUUCUAACAUGGCUGUACAAUCGUCGGUCUGCUUUAUGCGAACCGAACCAAAACCAACCACCCGGUCAAUCUAUGAUGGCUUGUCAUGUGAACGGUUUUAUCGAAGCGGUCGAUAAAAAAUCACACAAAAAGGCGUAGUUUUAUCAGUUCGGUUUAGUGCUAUUUUAUUAGUUUGGUGCUUCCUCAACUUCAAAAUGCGCACAACAUUUAGUAGCGAAAAUGCUUUCACACUUGCUCACAAUGUAUUAGGUUUGCUGCCUUUUAUUGCCGUCUUGUUUGAGGAAGUGGCAGUUAAGAGAAAAAAAAACACCUCAAUACACAUCAUCACACCGUAGAAAGCAGUAGAAGCUUAAUCGUAAUCACAUCUAAACAAUUCACCAACCAAAUAAACUCCCCAAAAUGCGCAUUGCAGGACGCGUGUGUCCACGAACAAACGCAUAAUAGAUAUUAGGUAUCAUCAGUGAUCGAGAAGAACAAUAGCAAUAAGCAUCACGUGAUCGUCCCUGUGCACGUGUUUUGACCUAAACCAUUUAGCUAGGCUUUCGAUGAAGAAGUAGUGCUGGAAUCAAAUGUAGUACACACGUUUUUUUUUUGUUAUAAAAGGAAAAGGACUGCAACCAUCGCCGAAAUGUGGAAGAUCAAGCUCUAAUAAAAUAUCGAAAAAAAGACAAUAGAUGCGAAAAGCACACGAAAAUAGA